AUGCAUCUGAAGAAACUUCCUCACGAGGUAAUACUCGAGAUUAUCUCUCACAUGUCAGGCCAUGACCUUACGGUGCUGGCUCGGGUUUCCAAAUACUUGAAUCACUUUGUUCAGCCUCGAUUAUGGACCGUGAUCGAGCUUCAUCACGCGAGCGUUCAUGUCCCUGGCCGCCUCUGUCUCCGCGACAAACCGAAACCAGGACAGUCAUCCAGAAGCCUGAUAUUUGCAGAGAGAUCGAGACAAGGAACAUUGAAGGCUGAGAGCUUUUUGAUGAUGUUUGAGCCAUUGUCAUCUGGCGCGUCGGGAAAAGAUAUGGAACGAUUGAAAGCGGUUGCAUUGCGAGUUAGGUCAUUGAGCCUUGUUUUGAGGGCCAAUUUCGAACUGAAGCAUUGGUAUUUACUACAGCACUUGACCAAUCUCACGCACCUUGAAUUACAUGGUAGCCAUGAAUUUCUUGGUUGGAACUACAUUUACCAGGAGAACGAAUCAACCCUGCUUGAACAGCUCGAUCUUCCCAGCGCUGGUCCCUCAACGCUUCGUCAUGUUAAACUCUACGGAUACAUAGCUCGUUCCCUUGCUGCGUGGGUCUUAAAGACUGGCGUCAACCUUGAGCGUCUUGAGCUCGGAAUGCUUGAGGGCGGGGUUGAGAUUGAAGAUCCUGCAUCAGGCCAUCGUCGCCGCGGAGAGCCAUGGACUCCAUACCAUUUUUAUCCUGCCAAUAUGAUGCGCGUGCGAAAUCAGGAGUGGCUGCCGAUACCACGACCUUCGUCGUGCUUUCUUCCCUCGGAAGUUCAGAACGAUCAGGCACUUGAAUUUAGCCUGCCUCGGCUGAAGCACCUUAAUCUCUGUCAGCCUUCUCGUGGCGACGAUGCUAUCGCAGAGGAUAUGCUGUAUUACUGGUCUGUACGCACUGAGCGACCUGCACAUAAGAGCUGGCGAGAGAUCGUCGUAGCUUCGAGAUUGACACUCGAGACAUUAGUCUUGGAGCAAAAAAUUGGUGUUCAUAAAUAUGCCCACAAACAAGAUUCAGAGGUAUUCAUACAACCUGACCCAAGUGGUAUUGGUAGCGAGAAGCUUUUAGACAUGGUCGGGAAGCUACUUACUCACCAUGACUUUCCAGCCCUGAAACAUGUAGAACUGCGGGGGAUGUUUAUCAGCACUGACAAAGGUGAUUACCCUGUCUCAGGCUCACCAGUCGGCGACUUUAUGCUGUUGAUGCGAAAGAAUGGUGUUAAAUGCGAGGCUAGACGCGGUUGUAUGUGUUGGUUUGAUGGUGAUUAUGGUGGCGCGGAGUGGGAUGCGUGGAAGACAGAUCUGAAGAAUGAAACGGAGAUAAGAGCGGAACAAAGAGGAGAAGCGGUGGUUACAGAACUAAACAGUGAAGAGCUCUUAGCUAGUGUUUAG